AUGUUUGAAAGGCUCCCAACCCAUACCUUGCCGUACAAGGUGAUGCAGCAGUUGGGAGACGGCACUUACGGGACCGUGUGGAAGGCUCUCAACUCAACCCAUCCCUUGUCGUAUUCAGCACACCCACCCCUCUUCGUGAUAAAAGAGAUGUACAAGGUGAUGAAGCAGCUUGGGGACGGCACUUACGGAACGGUGUGGAAGGCGCUUAACCUGCACACGAACGAGAUUGUGGCGGUAAAGAAGAUGAAGCGCAAGUUCUACUCGUGGGACGAGUGCAUGAGCCUGCGAGAGGUCAAGUCUCUGCGCAAGCUGAACCACCCCAACAUAGUGCGGCUCAAGGAGGUGAUCCGGGAAAACAACGAGCUGUUCUUCAUAUUCGAAUUCAUGGAGUGCAACUUGUACCACUUAAUGAAGGACAGAGAGACCUACUUUCAGGAGUCCACCAUUCGCAACUGGAUGUAUCAGGUGCUGCUGGGCCUGGCGCACAUGCACAAGCACGGCUACUUCCACCGCGACCUCAAGCCAGAGAACCUGCUAGUGACCAAGGACCUGAUUAAGGUUGCCGACUUCGGCCUGGCAAGGGAGAUCAAGUCGCGACCUCCCUUCACAGACUAUGUGUCGACCCGAUGGUAUCGAGCACCGGAGGUGUUGCUUCAGUCCACAGUUUACAACGCCCCUAUAGACAUGUGGGCGAUAGGAGCAAUCAUGGCAGAGCUAUUCACUCUCGAGCCUCUGUUCCCUGGAGCAAGUGAGAUAGACGAGAUUCUCAAGAUCUGCGCUGUCAUUGGCACGCCAACUCCCAGGACAUGGCCACAGGGCCUCCGCCUCGCAGCUUCCAUGAACUUUCGCUUCCCUGAGUACUCGCCCAUCCCGCUCUCUCAAAUCAUGCCCAUGGCAUCAGAUGAGGCAGUCGACCUAGUCACCGCUCUCUGCUCCUGGGACCCUGCCAGACGCCCCACCGCCGCACAGGCGCUGCAGCACCCCUUCUUCCUGAAGGGAGUGACGCUCCCCUACACACCUAAAAAGCCCAAAUCCUCCUCCUCCUCCGCAGCCACCACCGGUCCUGUCGUCCCCAUCACCACGCCCUCCCAACUCGCCGCCGCCUCCCACGCUGCUCUUACCGGCUCUCUCGUUCACCCUUCCUUAGAAGGAUCCGCUGUGAGGGUUUUACAAGCCCCUCAGGCUACUCAGCAGUCCCAGCAGGGACACUACCAGGGCCCGCAGUAUCAAGGGCAGCAGUAUCAGGGGCAACAGCAAUAUCAGGGGCAAUACCCUCCCCAACAGCAGUACCAGCAGCAGCAGCAGCAGCAACAGCAGCAGCAGUACCAGCAGCAAGAGCAGGGGUAUGCGGAGCGGGCAGAUGAGGGAGGGGCAACGGGGGGGUAUGCAGACGGAGGGACAGACGGAACAGGAGCAGGUGGAGGGGGUGGGGGAGGGAAGUCAGAAAAGCGAGGGUUCUUCUCGCGGAAACUGGGUGGAUCAAAGAGUGUGGGCAGGAAUAACGCGCCUGGUGAUGCAAAGGGAGGGGGAGGAGGGGGAGGGGGAGGGGGAGGGGGAGGUGGGGGAGGUGGUGGGGGUAGCAAGCUUGCUUCAUUGCAACGAUACGGAAGCCAAUUACUAGGCAUGGCCCGCCAUUCAGCGUCUGCCUCUGUCAACUCAUCAAAUGCAAUCGGCUCUAUAUCCAGUCGAUCCGACAAGUCAAUCUCAGCGAGCCAAAGCAACUCUGCAGGAGCAGUGCUCUCUCGCUCGGGCUCCGUGGUCGAGUCUGCCUCUCCACCCGCCUCGCCUCACCAGCUGGCUGAUAUUGGCAGAAGAGGCACAUACCCAGCCGCCCACACUCAUACCCCCAACGGUGCCGCCGCUGCUGCUGCUGGAAGCGGCAGAGACGGGAGGCUAGCGGCAGCUGUGGCUGCGGCUAAGGCUGCAGCAGCUGAGAAGGAAGCAGCGGCAGAGAGAGCAGCGGCGGCAGAGAGGACAGCGCCGGUAGAGGAAGCGAGAGCAGCAAUAGCAAGCGAACCGAUAGCACAGGUCCUCACAGCCGCCACCGCUGCUGCGGAUUUCACUGCCUCUGCGGAAGCAAUAGGUGUGGCUCGCGAUGGACGGUUGGCGGCAGCUGUGGCGGCUGCAAAAGCAGCAGCAGCAGCAGCAGCAGCAGCGGAGGCAGCAGAAGCAGAGAGAUCAGCUGCAAAGGGAGCAGCAAGCGAAUUGUUACAGGGAGGCCUAGGCGCCACCUCUGCUGUAGAUUCCCUAGCUUCUGCUGGAGCUGGAGGUGUGAUAAGAGAUGGACGGCUGGUGGCGGCUAUGCCUUCAGAUGGACGGCUGGCAGCAGCCGUGGCUUCUGCAAAAGCAGCAGCAGAGAUGGAGAGAGCCGUGAAAGAAGCAGCAGAGAGAAUUGGAGACCCCAAUGCUGCUGCUGCGAGUGCCAAUGGCUCUGGCGGUGGGUUGACCACGUUGACCGCGUUGACUGGUCAGGAGGCUGAAAGCAGAGCGGCCAUUGGGCAAGGGAGGGCAGUGGCAGGGGAGGGGCGGUCAGCGUCGCUUCAGAGGCUAGAAGCGAAAAGGUACAGCGGUAGAGAGGGUGAGCGAGGGGUGGAGCGUGGUGGAGAGGGGCGGAGGCGGACACGGAGCAACGUAUCUAUGAUGGACACAGGGGUGCUGCGGCUGGAGGAGGAGGUAGAGAGGGAGUUGGCGAGGCAGGAGAAACUGGUGGAGCUCAUUGCCGUGGCAGGGGCUGACAUGCCCACCCUGCCCGUGCAGGAGGAGCAGGACCGGGCUGAGAGGCAGCUGCAUAGAGACGUGCACCACUGGGGGGACGAGGUGGCACAGACACGCAAGCUGCUGCUGGAGCUGACAGUAGAGAGGGUCAACCUGGAGAGAGCAUUGGAGCAGGUGCACUGGGCGGUUGGGUCGCCCGGUGCUGUGCGGGCAGUGCACACUGCACAAAUGCAACUGCUGCAGCUGACAGCACAGAGGGAGGUUCUCAAGGAGCUGAUUCAGAACGAGAAGAAGGAGAACGAGAAGGUAGAGGAGUUUCUGGACCAGAUUUUGAGUGACCCUGCAGUAGAUACCACCUCCCCCGAAUUCGCCUCCCUCAUCAAGGACCUCAUCCACACGCUCAGCACCAGCCCCCCUGGGCGAAUGGGGCUAGAAGAGGGGAGUGAGGUUCAUACAGUGGCGGGAGGAGGCAAGGGAAUAGGCGCAAGUGGAAGUAAGUCCCGUCUGAAAGUGCUUCAGAAGCUCAAGAAAAAGGUGAGCGGGGCAGGAGUGGGGCCGUGGGGAGGAGAGGGGGGAGCUGCGGGCGCAGGGGGCGCAGGGGGGGGCGGAGGGGGAGAGGAGGCGGGAGAUGGGGAGGAGAUGCAUGGACAUGGACAUCUGCCUGGUGGGGGGGUGGUGUCGCCAAGAGGGGGAGAGGGAGGGGGUUCAGCUUGGGGCAAACACUCUGGCUACGCUCGGAACAAUUCCGAACCUGGCAGUGUUGCCGCUGAAUUCGUUCAGAACAAUUCCGAACCUGGCGAUGAGGCUCGGGACAGCUUGUUCAUUGACCGAGCUAGGUCCGGCAUGUCCGAUGGUUCGGAGAAUGUUUUUGGUUGGGGAGGGCAGGGAGGUUCGGCGAGUUUCAGGGUGGAGGAUCAAGAAGCGAGGGAAGUGAGGGAAGGAGAGCAGAGAGGGCCGUUUUCUACGAGAAGAGAGAGCAGAGGGGACACGGGAGCAGGAUCAGCCUCCAAGGAGCAGGAAGGUAGCUGCAGGGUGGAGCAGCCUAAUGUGCUUGUAUUAGAUGAUGAUUAUACAGGGGGGGAAGGAAUCACGAGCCCUGCUGACGAAAAUGCAGCAGAUCUUGCCGGAGAUUCUCAAUCUGCCGCAGCCCAUCGGAAGUUCCUGGCCGUUGGAUCGUUCUCCGAGAUGGUGCUGGGGGGACUGGAAGGGAGGGUAGGGGAGGGGGAGGACAGAUGGGCAGAGGCAAGAGGUGCGGAUCAGCAAGGGAUUGGGGAGGAGGAUGGGGAAUGCGACGAGGGGGAAGAGGGGAGUGUACACUUGCGGGGGCAGGAGGAGGGUAACUUUGGGUUGACUCAAGAUGGGAUGGCGUGGAUUACAGCGGGUGCUGCAGCAGGUUCGGCUCCGUCACGCUCUCAGCAACACCCGAAGCCUCCGCUUGGUUUGGCGGCAGGUUUGGGAGCAGCCUCGGCAGCAGCUGAACCUGCCAACAGCGGCAAUGUGUUUGUGAAGAUCGACUCGCCGGAGCAGUGGAGGUCUGCUGACGUGGCAGGCUUGCGUUCGUCGUCAGGCGUGGAUUUGCCGAGCCUUUCCGGACCUGCUGCCAAGCCUGUUUCCGGGCCUGCGCUGCUAAGCCCAAGGAGGACGCAGAGCGUAGGCUCGGUAAAGGCGAAGGUGGGUGGCUUAACUUCGGAGUUCGAUGUGGGAUCUGGUUCGGGACUGAUAGCCCCCAUUGCCAUGGGAACAACCUGUUUACGGGCAGAUGAAGGGGCAGAUCGGGCAGCAUCUGCUACAGCCAAGUCUGCUACAGCCAAAGCGCCCCAGUGGCUGCGGUCGGCGUUUCCCGGAGGCAAGCAGGGGGGGGCAGGGGCAGCGGACGAGCGAGGGUGGGAGGGGAUGGAAGAACCAGGUGCAUCUGAGGCGGGUUUAUCUGCCACUACUUCUGGCGCUGCUGUAGCAGACACAGGUGUGGCAGGAGCAGCAGCUGUAGCAGCGGCAACCAUUCCAGAAGCAGGGCUAGCAGGGAAUAGACCAGCGGAGGGGGCUUUUGAGGCUUUUGAGGAUAUUCAGAAGAGGCCGGAGGGGUUUUUGGAUCCGUACGGGGUGUUGGAGGGGCAUCCCUGCCUGCCGGUGGUGGGGGCGUACAGCAGCGCCAUGGAGGUCACUUCUGUGCCUCCUCCCGAGUCCUUCAGCAGCGCCGAUGUGUUCUUGCUCUGCAGAUACAGAAUGCUAGCGGAGCAGCUGGACGAUGUGAGCCCGGCACUGCUAUCAGAGGACGAGCGAUUGGCCUUUUGGAUCAACCUGCACAACGCGCUGCUGCUGCACACGUUCCUGGUGGAUGGGUACCCCACAACGCAUGCCCCCAAGCGCAUUGCAUUGCUAAAUCAGGCCACAUACACCAUUAGGGGCACAGCAAUCAACGCAUAUGAAAUCGAGUUCUCCAUCCUCCGAGCGCAAUCUUUCCGCUCCUCUCUGGCCACAGCACUUAAGGUCCGCCCCUUCCCUCCCACCGACCAUCGCUCCACCUGGGCUCCGCAGUCGCCCCAUCCCAGCGUCUCCUUCGCUCUCUGCACUGGCACCUUCUCUGCUCCCCUCCUACGUGUCUUCUCCCCACGCACAGUACGAGCAGAGCUGGAGGAGGCAAGGGAGGGCUUUCUCGAGCUGGCAGUUGGGCUCAGUCGGGACAACCGCAUUGUUCUCCCCAAAAUCCUCGACUGGUACUGCCCGGAUUUUGCUGAUUCCUUUCCAUCAUUGCUUGAGUGGGUGUUACACCAGCUCUCCCCUGCGCCACGUCUGACCUCUAAGAGCGAGAUCCGAUACGAGGGUGUGCUGUACACCGUCGACACGCAACAAGCCAAUAUCGCCUUGCAGAACGUGCGCUCCUUUGGGACGGAGGGGCGAAAGAAGGACGGUCCGCAGAUCCCGCCCAGCGACAAGGUUUACGACUUCAUUAUCUUCCGCGGAACCGAUAUUAAGGACCUUCAAGUCAAGUCCUUGCCACGUCAGCAGCAG